AUGUCAAGCCCCGACGCCAGCAACCUGGUGCAGCGCCUCGCCGACGAAUCGAGCAUUCGGGACCUGGUCGCCCGCUUCGCCAACGCGUGCAGCCCGCCGGACUCGGCCGCGUUCGCGCAGCUCUGGAUCCCCGACACCUCCGGGACUGCCGUAUGGACGUUGAGCGAGCCGUUCGCCAUGUCCGAGUCGGGCGUGUCGCCCAUCGUCGAUAUGCUGGAGAAGCUGCUGGCGCCGUGGGAUUUCUUCGUGCAGCUGGUCCAUUCCGGCGUGGUUGAGUUCCAAGACAGCACCCAUGCAACGGGCCGCUUCAUCAUGCGCGAGGUGGCCAAGGGCCCUAACGAGACGUACUACAACAACUUUGCAAUCUACAAGGACCGGUACGCAAAGGUGGAGGGCAAGUGGUACUUUGCACGCCGCGACUAUAAGUACAUGUUCCUCGACUCGGGCUCGUUUGGCGGCAAUGUUUGCCCGCCCAUCGAGGAUUGGUUUGGGGGAAGUGGGAAAUGA